AUGGCAGACGUCGUAGAUGAGCCAUGGCAGGUUUCGCAGAUUGUAUAUACAUCCAUCAUGGGUGUAGUAAUGUGCGCUGCGCUGCUGGAAUGGUUUUUGUGGCUGGCCGCUUUCCUAUACUGCCUAAUCAAGGUCUUCCAAAAGGCUGAUGCAUGGCAUAUUCGGGUACUUGCUGUGAUUAUGAUGAUUCUCUUUACUGCUUUACGUGCUAUUUUCUUGCCCAUCAUGGUCGUCACUCUCCCGCUUCCCUCUCAGAUUACUCGUCACUUUCCCGAGGAGCUUGUUAGCUUCUUGCAGUGGUUCGCUUUCUGGUCGUUCUCGGCUCUUUUGACAAUCCCAUGGUUGUUCUGUGUCUAUCAGCUUGUCACCAACUCCCUUGGAAAGCACAGACGUAUCAAAGAAGUUCUCGAUGAAACCUCAGCGCCCAAAGUCGUCAUUGUCAUGCCAGUGUACAAGGAAAUCCCCGAAGUUUUGCAGACCGCCAUCGACUCCAUCGUGGACGGCGACUACCCUCCAUCGUGUCUCCACAUUUUCUUGUCAUUCGACGGUGACGAGGAGGAUGAGUUGUACUUGAAGACCAUCGAAAACUUGGGAGUCCCGCUUUCGCUUGAUAGCUACCCUGUCAGUUUGGAUGUCACCUACAGAGGAACCCGUAUCACUGUUUCCAGAUUCCCCCACGGAGGAAAGCGUCAUUGUCAGAAGAAGACUUUCAAGUUGAUUGACAAGAUCUAUACCGAGUACCUUAAGCGUAACGACAACUUGUUCAUUCUUUUUAUCGACUCCGACUGUAUCCUCGACAAAGUGUGCAUUCAAAAUUUUGUUUAUGAAAUGGAACUUAAACCGGGCAGUAAGCAGAACAUGUUGGCAAUGACCGGUGUCAUCACAUCUACCGCUGAGAACCAGACUUUGAUUACCCUCCUUCAGGAUCUUGAGUACAUCCAUGGUCAACUGUUUGAGCGUUCCGUGGAGUCGGCAUGCGGUUCCGUCACUUGUCUUCCUGGUGCACUUACGAUUUUGCGUUUCUCUGCUUUCCGAAAGAUGGCUAAGUACUAUUUCGCCGACAAGGCCGAACAGUGUGAUGAUCUCUUCGAUUACGGAAAAUGUCAUUUGGGCGAAGAUAGAUGGCUCACUCAUUUGUUCAUGAUUGGUGCCAAGGAGCGUUACCAGAUUCAAAUGUGUACCGGAGCUUUCUGCAAAACCGAGGCCGUCACUUCAUACCGCAGUUUGCUCAAGCAGCGUCGUAGAUGGUUCUUGGGGUUUAUCACCAACGAAGUUUGCAUGUUGACUGAUAUUCGUCUCUGGAGGAGAUACCCAAUUCUUUGCAUCAUUCGUUUUAUGCAAAACACCAUUCGUACCACCGCGCUAUUGUUCUUCAUCAUGGUUCUGUCGCUUAUUACCACUACCCAGAGAGUUGCCCAGUUGCCUGUUGGAUUUAUCGCCGUAUCUUUGGGUCUUAACUGGGCGCUCAUGUUCUACUUUGGUGUUCGUCUUAGGCGUUUCAAGGCUUGGCUAUACCCUCUCAUGUUUGUUAUCAACCCGUUCUUCAACUGGGUCUACAUGGUUUACGGGAUCUUUACUGCUGGUCAACGAACAUGGGGUGGACCUCGUGCCGAUGCCGGUGCUGCCGAUACAGAAAAGACCCCGCAGGAAGUUAUUGCAGAAGCUGAGGCCAGAGGCGAAGACCUUGAGGUUAUUCCUGAGACCUUCCGUCCGGCCGCUGAAGCCAACAAGAACGCUGCCAACGCUGAAGGUCUUCGCCAACGUGUACCAGUCCAACCUGAUGACGGAAUCGAGGGUAGAUUUGCUGCUUCUGAGAGACUUCCCGGUGGUUACUACAACUAUGAGAACGCUUCCAUGGGAACUCUUCCUGACAUGGUCCCCCGCAACCCCAACGCUCCUCAUAUUCCUCUACAUCCCCGUGCUUCAUUCGACAGUUUUGUUUCCGGUACUACUUCUGCCGGCAACUCCGUCUAUAUGCCCCGCCGUGUCGAAAGUAUCAUGGGAGAGGAGGAUCGCAGAAAGUACCUCGUUGCUCAGGCCAACCAACGCGAAGCUGGAGGUGCAUACAUGCAAGAACCACGCAAGGAUCAGAUUGAGGUCUCAGAUAAGGAAGUUUAUGGAUAUAAGAAUGCCGUUAAUGAGUCCACUGAGUCCAUUGACUCUGUAGGAAGCGGCUAUGGAUACCACACCAGAAACAGCUAUAACAACAGCAAUAACUAUAGCCAACCUGUAAGCAGAGCUGCAUCCCCCAGUAAUGGGCCGACUACACCAGCAGCCACGGGCACUCCAACAGAAAACCAUCUCGCGCUUCCUGAACCUGCACACAGGGCACCCUCUUCAAAUAGCAACCAACACGCACGGGGCCUUAGUGCCGCAAGAAGUCCUCUUGCGAGACUGAGCUUAGUCCGGACUGCUGGUAGCGACGGCGCCGAGCAGGAGGAGCAUGAAAUGACGUCCACUGCCGCCGACGAUGAUGAAGACCGAGAGGGGCGAUCAAAAGAGAGAAAGAAGCUGACAAAGAAUCGACAAUCAUAA